AUGACUGCUAUCAAGAAGGUCGCCAUCGCUGGUGCCAACGGCGCACUUGGAUCCGCAGUCUUUGCGCAGAUUGUCAAGGGAGGCUUUGAAGUGACCGCCCUCGUCCGAAGUGCGGGCAAGAUUCCCAACCUCCCUUCGUCAGCAAAGGAAGUUGUCGUCGACUUCACCUCCCAGGACUCCCUCGCCGCCGCCCUCAAAGGUCAAGACGCGACAGUCUCCGUGCUCGGCUCUCAGCCCGGGGCGGGUGCCGCACAGAAAGCGCUCGCCCAAGCCUCCGCAGUCAGCGGCGUCAAGCGCUUCAUCCCUUCAGACUUUGGCAGCAACCUCGAAAACUCCGAGGUGCGCAAGCUCGCCGUCUUCAAGGAAAAGUUCGAGGUCCGGGACGAGCUGGCGAGGCUGGCGAAGGAGGGCAAGCUCACCUGGACGAGUGUUUGCAACAACGCCUUCUUGGACUGGGGGCUGGAGAACAAGUUCGUCCUGGAUCCUGUCGAGGGCAAGGCUACGCUGUGGGACGGCGGUGACUUCCCCAUCUCAGUUACACGGCUGGCUGCGGUAGGCCAGGCUGUCGUCGGCGUCCUGAAGCACCCAGAUGAGACAGCCAACCGCACAGUCUACGUCCAGGAGGCCGCAGUGUCGCUGAAGCAGCUUGUUGAGAUUGCCAAGGAGCUCACCCCUGGCAAGAAGUGGACGGUCGUUGAGGGCAACACAGCAGAGGUCGUUCAGAAGUCCAACGAGGCGCUUUCUAAGGGUAUUUUCGAGGUUUGGGUGUUCGUCAGUCUCAUCUUCAGGGCUGCCUUCUCAAACGCCACUGGGGCGCACUUUGCCAAGAACGACAACGCCCUGCUCGGCAUACAUGAGUUGUCCGAGGCGGAGCUUAAGGCGGCGGUCAAGGAAACCUUGGCUGGCAUACCCGGAGUGAACUAG